CUCACCUGAAACUUCCGAGGAGAAGCCGAUCCCUCCCUCCCGGCCGGGCGGGGCGGCGGGGCCUGCGCUGGGGACGGCCGGCCGGCGCCGGGGACCCGAGGGGACGCUUGGGCCCGGACAGCAUGUGACACUGCCCAGGGUUCAGCCCUGAUGGAGGCCGGGGAGCCCCAACCCGGAGCUUCGACUCCCAUCCCUGCCGGAGCGGAAUGCACUGUUAUCCCGGCCCCUCCCGUGAGAAGCAGCCAGACCCCUGCCUUGGAGCCUGAAGCUGAAGAGGGUGAGGACCCAUCCUACCAGUGCGCAGGGGGACACACACUCUUGGAGACCCGGCAGAGGCAUGUGAGGGAUGUGAGUGACAGUGCAGCUGAGAGCAUGACCUCUUUCCCCAACGAGGCCUCUGCUGAUGCGGAUUCCAACCAGGAAAACCUGAUAGCUGAGGCCUGUGACACUGCGGAGCACCAGGAGGCGGGGCCCCAGAGCCUGGCAGGCACACGGGCAAGGACGCCAGCUGCCCUGGAGCUCCGGGCCUGCCCCGACCAGGGCGAAUAUCUAGGCACGGCCUCAGUAUCCAGUGAACUGGGUAGCAUGGAGGUGGAAUUUAGACCAGAAGUCACUUCUUUGAUGUUAGAAAUUGGACAAGCAGAAGAGGAGGAGGAAACGUCCCCAGACACCUCUGCCCAGACUGGAUGUGGGCCCUCCUGUGAAGAGCACCCUGCAGAGACCAACCAGCCACAGGACUCGGAACGUGGACCUGCCAGGCAGGAAAGUCCAGGGGGGGACGCGCCCAUAUGUCUCCAGGAGGCCGAGGAGCUGGAGGAACAGGGACAAGAGGAAGAGGGACCUCAGGGGGAGGGACCCCGCGGGGAGGAUGUUUGUUCUGAUGGGCUGUCAGGGGAGCAGGAGCAGAUGGGAGAGCGGGUUAUCAGUGCAGAGGAGGAACAGAGACAGGAACAGCAGCAGGUUCAAGAUGAUGUGAUGCUUGCAGAACAAGGAGAAAGUGAGGGCCACAGUGGGGAAUUGGGAGGUCUGAGUUUUGGUGAGGGGGACCGGAGGACUCAGGCCCACGGGCAUCUAGAACAAGGGGAGCAGAAGAGCGGGGAGUUGACGGGGCCCGAGGAGAGUAAGGUGGAUGCCCAGUACGAGGAGAAUCAAAGCUUAGCGGGGAAAUCAGUGAAAGUAACUGGAAAGCAAGAGGAUCGGGAUCUACAGGGGAAAGUGGUGCCAGUAGAGGGGCAGGAAGAGGAGGUGGGGUCAAGCCAGGAGAAGCCGCGGAGUGGGGAUGGGAACAGCCCAGCAGGAGGCGGAGAAGAGAGGUGUACAGAAGGAGGAGGGGAGCGUGACGGUCCUGCCACACUGCCUCUGGUGGCCCCUGAGGUCUCUUCUCCCCGGGACUUGCUCCCAGAUGCCUGUUAUCCCACAACCAGGAUGCCCGGGACUCAGACAGAGCCUAGGGCUGAGGAACUGUCCCAUGGAGCUCUGACUCCUACACAGGAGCCCAUAGGACGGCCCCUCCAGCCCACUUCUUUACCUCGUUCCUUUCCUGCCGAGGAGUCGCCCCACCAAGACACAGCCCAGUCCAACCAGCAAGAGGGCUCUGAGCCGGGGAAGGAGACCGUACCCAGCCGGGGGACUGAGGGGGUCCCUGCCAGUGCGUCUGCGCCUCCUCCAAGGACACCACCGUCAGCCCCUCCCAGGCCUCCUGAGGCCUCCCUCGGCAUGACUGCCUCACCAUCCGCCAGCCCCCCGGUUGUCUUUCCCGGGAGGGAGCCCUCUGUGGCCGCACGUUCUCCAGAAACCUCCAGAGCCCCUCGACCGACCGACAGCCCAUCUCUUUGUGGGGCUUCUGAGAGCCCCCCAGCUGCCCUCCACGGCUUCCCCUCGGCAGGCUGGGCCAGCCCGCAGGGUCUUCCAGGCCACCGCACAGGGACAAUCCAACAUCUGAGGAGCAACUCCUUCCCGGGCUCUCACGGGACAGAGCCCACUCCGGACCUGGCGGGACUAUCACUUUCCUUCUCCCACUCAGAGCUGCCCCAGAGGCCCCCCAAACCUGCCAUCUAUGGCUCUGUGAUCCCAAGAAGGAGCAGGAAGAGCGGAAGGGACGGCACCAUCAUCCCGGAAUCCUCACGUUCACUCCCCAGUCCAGGGCAGGACUCUCAAGAACUCACAUCAAAUCCAGCAAGGCCCGGCGGCCCCCACAGCAGUCAGCCGUGGGGCUCGGCGCAUCACGCAGCCUUUGCCCCGGGGUCUCCUGCCUGUGGCUCGUCCCCACCCCCCGUCUCCGUAGAUACGCGGAUCCAUGAACCUCCGCCCCCACCUCCCCCAGAGAAGAGGUGCGUCCACUCCUCUACGGUGGAGAGAGAUGGCCACGUCCCUGCCACGGUCCCCACGCUGAAGCGGUACAGCCAUCCUCCGCCACUGGCCCUCGGUUCGGGGCUACAUGGCCCCCCCAAAGGCCCACCGCCCCAAGUUCCUGACCCCCUUGUGGCAAGGCAGCACCGCCCUCUGCCCUCCACCCCGGACUCCUCCCACCAUACUCAGACCUCUUUCUCUCCCAGGCAGAGAUACAACAAGCCAUUACCCCCCACUCCCGAUUCCCCCCAGCCCCACCAUCCUCCUGUUUCCUCUUCGAGUAACUCGAGGAUCUACAAGCCUCUCCCCCCAGUCCCUAUCAUGGAUCCUCCUGCGGAACCACCCCCGUUACCCCCAAAGUCCAGGGGGAGGAGCAGAAGCACUCAGGGAGGACUCAUGAACCCGGGGGGUCAAGCCAGGACCAGGCCAGUUUGUCAAGAGUGGACGGUGUCUGCACCCCAUGUUGCGGGACGCGUCUCCUGGCCUCCAGCCACGGGCAGGGCGGCAGACUCCUUGGCUUCCACCGGUAGGAGUAAGAGUGAAGUGCCCCCCGGUAUGGCCUUCAGUAACAUGACAGCCUUUCUAAGUCCCUCUUCCCCAACCACCCCCUGGACUCUGGAGGCCCAGGGGCCCACCUCUGAACCAGGGCUCUCAGAAGAGUCUGAAGUCACUGCCAGAGGAUCUUUGAGAAGAACAGCCCCUGAGGAAGGAGCCAAUGGCCUGAGGAGGUUGGAUCUAGGCCAAGCAAGGCAGCCAGAAAAACACAGCCAUCCCCAUCUGGAGAAGGCGUCCAGCUGGCCCCACAGACGGGACCCAGGGAGACCAGCGGAGGGCAGCAGUGGACAGGUGGUGGUCCUUAGAGAGGAGUCGAGUAAGCAAAAGGACUGGCACCGGCAGGGCCUGCGCAGACCCUCCAUCCUACCCGAGGGCCCUUCAGACACAAGAGGUCCAGCCAUAGAAAAAUCCCCUGGCCUUUCAGAUGCCAUUGUUUUUCGGGAGAAAAAGCCAAAGGAGGUGAUGGGAGGCUUUUCAAGACGGUGCUCCAAGCUCAUCAACUCCUCUCAGCUGCUUUACCAGGAGUACAGUGAUGUGUUUCUGAACAAGGAGAUUCAGAGCCAGCAGCGGCUAGACAACCUGACAGAGCCACCAGGGCCCGCCUCCCCCCGGCAGCCCCGAAAGACCCUGGUGUCCUCGGAGUCCUACCUGCGUCGCCUCUCCAUGGCCUCCAGCGGCUCGCUCUGGCAGGAAAUCCCCGUGGUGCGCAACAGCACCGUGCUGCUCUCCAUGACCCACCAGGACCAGAAACUCCAGGAGGCCAAAUUUGAGCUGAUUGUGUCAGAGGCCUCCUACCUGCGCAGUCUACAUAUAGCUGUGGACCAUUUCCAGCAUUCAGAGCAACUCCGGGCCACCCUUUCCAACCAGGAGCAUCAAUGGCUCUUCUCUCGUUUACAGGAUGUGCGUGACGUCAGCACCAUGUUCCUUUCAGACCUGGAAGAGAACUUUGAGAGCAACAUCUUCACCUUCCAAGUGUGUGAUGUGGUCCUGAACCAUGCCCCCAACUUCCGCCGGGUCUACCUGCCUUAUGUCACCAACCAGACCUACCAGGAACGCACCUUCCAAAGCCUGCUGAAUAGCAACAGCAGUUUCCGAGAGGUCUUGGAGAAGCUGGAGAGCGACCCCAUCUGCCAGCGCCUUUCCCUCAAGUCCUUUCUGAUCCUGCCCUUCCAGCGCAUCACCCGUCUCAAACUGCUGCUCCAGAACAUCCUGAAGAGAUCACAACCUGGUUCCUCAGAGGAAGCAGAGGCCACGAAGGCACACCACGCCCUGGAGAAGCUGAUCCGAGACUGCAAUAACAACGUGCAGAGAAUGCGACGCACGGAGGAGCUGAUCUACCUGAGCCAGAAGAUUGAGUUUGAGUGCAAAAUAUUCCCACUCAUUUCACAGUCACGCUGGCUGGUGAAGAGCGGGGAGCUGACAGCCCUGGAGUUCAGCAUCUCCCCAGGGCUGCGGAGGAAGCUGAACACACGCCCAGUGCACCUGCAUCUCUUCAAUGACUGUCUGCUGCUGUCUCGACCCCGAGAGGGCAGCCGAUUCCUCGUAUUUGAUCACGCUCCCUUCUCCUCCGUCCGAGGGGAAAAGUGUGAAAUGAAGCUGCAUGGACCUCACAAAAACCUCUUUCGACUCUUCCUGCGGCACAACGCACAGGGCUCCCAGGCCGAGUUCCUCUUCCGCACAGAGACUCAAAGUGAAAAGCUUCGCUGGAUCUCAGCCUUGUCCAUGCCAAGAGAGGAGUUGGACCUUCUGGAGUGUUAUGACUCCCCACAAGUACAGUGCCUUCGUGCCUACAAGCCCCGAGAGAAUGACGAGUUGGCGCUAGAGAAGGCAGAUGUGGUGAUGGUGACUCAGCAAAGCAGCGAUGGCUGGCUGGAGGGCGUGAGACUCUCCGAUUGGGAGCAAGGCUGGUUCCCUAUACAACAAGUGGAGUUCAUUUCCAACCCAGAGGUCCGAGCACGGAACCUGAAGGAAGCCCACCGAGUCAAGACUGCCAAACUACAGCUGGUGGAACAGCAGACCUAGUUCGUUCUGGGAGGAAUCCCCUGAACUUAAGAACAAGAUGUUCCCGGACAGGGCUGGCCCCAGAACCCAGCAACAGAGGCCUUCUGUGCAUCAGAACUAGACCUUCUGAAACCCAAGGACCACACCAAGCUGCCAGUUGCUAGUCCCAGGCCUCCUUUUUUGUGUGUGCUUUGUGCUUGGUGGGGGAAUUUUGAGGGACUUUGCACUGGACUCUGGAAACCUUUUCUCAUAGAAAAAGGGAUGAAUGGGGCCUAAGCCAAGGAACUUUACUUCUACUACCCUGCAGUACUUAAACGUUCUCUGCUUCCGGAGUACAAAUUCCAGGGACCAGAGUUUCCAUCACGGCCGUGCGUUAAAGAGAAUCUGACCUCAGCCCACUGGAGAGAGAUGUUUAAAGGGGGUGAACACAUCAUUUGGGAGAGUCAACCUGGUGACCUUUUGAGGUAUCUUCCAACCCUAGAGAUAUCCCAUAAUUAUCGGGGCAAGGUCAGUGCCUGCACCUCUGGGAUCUAUCGGUGGCUAUGUGAGGGUGAUACUCUCUCACUCUAAUAAAUUUGGCACUUCUCCGAGUGUUUUCUCUCCAGACUUCUGAGCACUGGACAAGGUU